CAUAUGGACCUAACACAUAUUAAAAAAUACAAGUAAAAACGGUUUUGUGUGGAAGGGCACCUUUAAAUUACAGAGACAAUGCAAUAAAUGUCUUCCGGUUAGGAAUAUGUAUGCUUUUAUAUAUUACCAUUAAUAUAAACGAAUUAAAUGGUUACUAUUAGCGGAGAGCUUUGAAGACGAUGAAGUGAUUUCUAUGACGUUGUCACGAUUAAAUUGCUCACGUUAAAGAUGCACAACAUCGGACUAAACCCCGUGUUUCAGCACCAGAAAGCCUUCGAUAGGUGGUGCUCAUUAUCGCCGAGAUGUAUGACGUGUUUAUCCUCCUCUUACCACAUCUUCUUUACUAAGAAAUGCACUAAGACUGACUUGUGUAUAAGAAGUGCUGAAGUUUUGACACUGCUUUUUAAAUAUUAUCUGCUACACUGACUGAUAUGAGAGUUGGGUUCGGCUCCGUGGUCCUGGGCGCUGGAUUAAGCGCAAUUCUCAGCUUCAGCUUUCUGGCGCUCGCCGUCGGAACCGAGUACUGGUACAUUAUGGAGGAUAAACGGACGAAUCAUACAGAACUACAGCAUGUGCAUUCUGGACUUUGGGGAGUGGAAAAUGUGGUGAUGUCUCUGAUUGUAGAUGAACAACCCUUUACAGGAGACCUGCCAAGUAUUUCAGAUUCAGAAAGACACAUGCAAAAUAUUCAUAAUGUGAUUGCUGUCGUGCUGCCUCUUAGUCUGGUGCUCUUAGUGUUUGGAGGAAUAUGUGGUAUGGUCAGCUCUCUGGCCCGGAGCAGACUUCUCCUUAUGGGAACCGCAUCCUAUUUUCUUCUUUGCAGCCUUCUCACUCUCUCUGGUGUAAGUCUGUAUAUCAGUUAUUCCCAAAAAGCUCUGGAGGAGGCAAAGAUAAGGAUUGGGUUGGAGCAGAUGGCCAUGGUUCACACGUCCUUCGGCUGGUCAAUGGCCUUGGCCUGGCUCUCCUUCACCCUGGAAAUGAUAACCGGUCUUCUUCUACUGCUUGCUGCCUGGAUGGUCCAAUUAGCCCAAUACCAGGAGACUGUGGCCCCUAUAUAACAUUCAUAUGCAUGGGUUUGCCAAAUUAAAAAUCAAUAUUGCUGUCAUUCCUAUAGCGUUAACGUCCCAUUAUUUAUUUUACUGGAGUACUUUUAUAAAGUAAUUUUGUUUCAUUAUUAUAGAUUAAUAGAUAAGUUUUUUCUAUGACCUUUACACAUACUUUAUUUAAAUUAUAGAAUUUACUGGAUUGUAAUUGUGAAAGUUGUACAAUUCUUGAAUAGUAAUUGUGAAAGUUGUACUUUUGAACAAUUCAUAAGUGAAGAGUUGACCAAGAGCAUGUACAUAGAAUAUUACACAAUAAUUAUACCAUAAAGAUACAUUAUGACACCUUUUUUAAAUGAACAAAAAUUUCCUUUAUUUUUUUUACACUUCAAUUUACCUUCAUAAUAAUUCAAGAUCUUGUUAUUCUGAACUUGUCUUGUCAGCAGUGGUUCAUAUCAACCUCCUGGACCGGUUGUGUUAAAAUACAACACAAGUUAAGAAAAUUAUCUAUCAAUGAAAACUAUCGAUAUUAACAACCAAAAGAACAUUUAAAGUAUCACAUUUGUAAAAAUGUAUGCACAGUAAAUACCAGGGGAAAUACACAGUGGGUUAUAAUUUUGUGCUUUACCUAAUGUGCUUGACAUUAUUUUACUUCAUUAUCUUUUCAGAUCAUCUAUAACUGCCCAUUCAAUAAUUAUUGUUAAACAUACAGUGGUUGAGAUAUUUUCUAAUGGCUUACACAUGCUUUUUGGUCUACUUGCAGUAUUACAUACGGUUAAUCUCAAUAACUUGAUCAGUAAAAACUUUAUAACAUAAAAUCAUC